AUGAUACCUUAUUUCUCUCAGAACAUUUCGGAUUACUUUUUUGAUAAUAAGUGGCACCUCACUUCUAGUUUUGUGCAGUCUUUCCCGUGUAUUGCUCUUGACAUCAUUUCCACCCCCAUUCCUGGGGUUGCCAGCGAUAGAUCCUGGAUACAUUCGGGGUUCGGGGACAUUACUGCUGCUUUGGCCUUUGCUCACAUUCGUCCUCAGUUCCCUAAGGUAGACUGGGGCUCCUGGAUUUGGGCCCCUUUUAUUCCCUCUCGGAGAUCUCUUUUAGUUUGGCGUACUAUUGUUGGCAAGCUUCCUACCUUUGAUAUGAGCCGUCUUCAUGGUAUUCAGGGGCCUAAUCGCUGCCCUUUAUGCUCUGAAGCGGAAGAAUCGUUGGACCACGUUCUGUUGAACUGCUCCUUCUCGACUUCCAUUUGGGCGGAUUUCUUUAGAUGGUUCUCGAUUGACCAACCUUUGCCGUCUGAUGUUGGUAGCUUGGUUCGCUUUUCUAUUCAACAGAAGAACAUCAAGCAAAUUGGUAAUUUAUGGAAAGUUGGGGUGAUCUCUCUUCUCUGGAGUCUCUGGUCUCACCGUAACAACAUCAUUCACAAGGAUUUGGCGCCUUCGCGUCACUUGAUUAUCAAGCAGGUCCGGGUUUUUAUUUGUGAAGCUGCCAACAAUUUCGACCUUGGUCCUAUGGAGAACUCGGUUUCUGAUCUUCUCAUUCUUAAGAAGCUGUCCAUCGCUGGGCAACCUAGGAAACCUAUCUCCUAUAUUUACGUUGCUUGGCACCUUCCUCCGCCGUCUUGGAUCAAAGCUAAUACUGAUGGUUCGGUUAGAGAAGGGAGAAUUCACGCGGGGGGUGUUUUUAGGAAUUCCUCUAAUGACGUUCUGGGUUGUUAUCAUUUCUCGGGCGGGCAUGGGGUAGCGUUUGAAGCUGAGCUUUUAGCAAUUAUUAUUGCUAUCGAAACUGCACAUCGUGCCAAAUGGGAGAGAGUUUGGUUUGAGUCGGAUUCCUCUUACGUUGUACAGCUUCUCCAGUCACUUUCUGGGACGGUCCCUUGGAGAUUCAAGCCUCGGUGGCAGCUUGCUCUCUCCAAACUUCACACUUUCACGUGGCGUAUUUCUCACAUCUUUCGUGAGGGCAACAGAUCGGCGGAUUUUUUGGCUUCUCAGGCUCGCGAGGAAGGUUUUUGGCCUCAUACUAUUGCUGGUUUAAAUGCUUUUGUCAAGGAGGACGUCUCUUUUCCUUAUUUUACUCGUUUUGCUUGA